GCUCAUGUGAUCGCGGGAGGAGGAGGAGCUGGGCCUGGAGACAAAACCCACUCGCGUCUCCGGAGGCUAGCACGGGGAGGGCUGGGGCUGGGGCUGGGAGGAGGAGCUGGAGCUGCCUAUGCCCCCCCCGGGGUCUUCGUCAUGUCGCGGUCCCAGCUGGCCUGCUGCGCCUUUCUCUUAGCUCUCGGCAUAUGCCUGGGGCUGCGACAAAGCCACCGAAACGUGCUGCUUAUUCUGGCGGAUGAUGGAGGCUUCGAGAGUGGUAUAUACAACAACAGUGCAAUCUCAACCCCACACCUGGAUGCCUUGGCACAAAGGAGCCUGAUCUUCCAUAAUGCCUUCACCUCAGUCAGCAGCUGCUCCCCAAGUCGGGCUAGCCUCCUGACUGGCCUGCCACAGCAUCAGAAUGGGAUGUACGGCUUACACCAGAACGAACAUCAUUUCAACUCCUUUGACAAGGUGCAAAGUCUGCCUCUGCUUCUCAGCCAGGCUAACAUCCGCACAGGCAUCAUUGGGAAGAAGCAUGUUGGGCCAGAGCCAGUGUACCCGUUUGACUUUGCCUACACAGAGGAGAAUGGCUCCAUCCUCCAGGUGGGAAGAAACAUCACCCGCAUAAAGCUGCUGGUCCGAAAAUUCCUCGAGACCCAGGAUGACAGGCCUUUCUUCCUCUAUGUUGCUUUCCAUGAUCCUCACCGGUGUGGACAUUCUCAGCCAAAGUAUGGACCCUUCUGUGAGAAGUUUGGCAGUGGAGAGAGUGGGAUGGGGUGGAUCCCUGACUGGGUGCCCCAAAUUUAUGCCCCAGAGGAUGUACAGGUCCCUUACUUCAUCCCUGACACCCCAGCAGCCCGAGCUGACUUGGCUGCUCAGUACACCACCAUUGGCCGAAUGGACCAAGGGAUAGGACUGGUGCUGGAGGAACUGAAGGGAGCUGGCUUCCUGAAUGACACCCUGGUGAUCUUCACUUCAGACAAUGGCAUCCCCUUCCCUAGUGGCAGGACCAACUUAUACUGGUCAGGCAUAGCCGAGCCCAUGUUGGUGUCUUCUCCAGAGCACCGAAACCGUUGGGGCCAAGUCAGCGAGGCCUACGUCAGUCUCUUGGACCUCGUGCCCACCAUCUUGGAUUGGUUCUCCAUACCAUACCCUAGCUAUAGCAUCUUUGGUACCAAGACAGUCCAUCUCACUGGUCGUUCUCUCUUGCCGGCACUACUGUCGGAGCCACCCUGGUCCACGGUCUUCAGUAGCCAGAGUCACCAUGAAGUCACAAUGUACUACCCCAUGCGGUCUGUGCUCCAUCAGAAUUUCCAUCUAGUACACAACCUCAACUUCAAGAUGCCCUUCCCUAUCGACCAGGAUUUCUACGUUUCCCCCACCUUCCAGGACCUGCUUAAUCGCACCAGGUCUGGCCAGCAUACAAACUGGUAUAAGGACCUUCACCACUAUUAUUACCGAGAUCGAUGGGAACUCUAUGACAGGAAACAAGACCCCUGGGAGACCCAGAACUUAGCCACUGACCCCAACUACAGGGAAGUGCUGGAGAUGCUGAAGGUCCAGCUGACCAAGUGGCAGUGGGAGACCAAUGACCCCUGGGUAUGUGCUCCAGACGGUGUCUUGGAAGAGAAGCUCUCUCCCCAGUGUCAGCCCCUCCAUAAUGAGCUAUGAGUCUUUCCAUGGAGAAAAACGCCCAUCUCCUCCAAACAUAGCCUCCCUUGCUGAUAAUUGAGUAAGACUAAGGGAGAGCAGUUUUUUAUCCUAAGAAGAAUAAGCCCUGCUAAAUCCUCAUUCCUCUCUCUGAUGGACAUUAUUAGAAGGUCAGGCAAGCAAGGUACAAGCCUCAUUCCCUGCAUAAACCCUUUAAGUGCCCCAGAGUCACCAUAGGGAUAUGGUUGAGGUACCACUGCCAAUGUGGUUGACUUGGACACAAGUGAACUGUGAGGAAGGAUGAGAGUGUUAAGCAGAGGUCCUAGCAAGCAACAGGGUUAUUAGCAGCCAUGGUGAAAGUCAGAUUGUAAGUCAAAAUGGUCCUAUUUUUUCCUGUGGUCCUAGCUUUUAACGUUUGGAGGACCUUAUGACUCUAGAGCCUCUCUUAUAACAAAUUUUGAGAAAAUCUAGUAAAUAAAAAAAGAAAAAGGGAAUCAAGGCUCUGUUACCCUUGGUAUUCCUAAGAGGUAGCCCUCCACCCAUCCAUAGGCUUCUACAGGAUGAGGGAGUACAAGACAACUCAGGUCUUUGCAUCUGCCUGAUGGGAUGGUUCACAUAAAACUUUCUCAGGGUGAGAAGAUGAUGUAUUAAUUUCAAUAAACUCUCCCAGCUAGAGACAAACUUGAGUUUUUUAUUGUGAGUUGUGGGAGCGUGAGCUUGACAGCAUUUCCUCUAUUUUUCCCCAUUGUCAAAUUUAUCACCCUUAGCAGAGAUUCCUUUUGGGCUCCCUGUGUUUACUUGUUUAAUACUAUUGUCUUUAUGACAAAGGCAUUCAGUUUUAUUCAGCAAGCAUGUAUUAAACUCCUUCUGUGUGCUAGACAUGGUACCAGGUAAUGAGGAUAUAAAGACAAAAGUGAAUCAAUUCCUGCCCUCUAGGAGCUUACAUUCUACUGGAGGCAAAUAACAUGUACACAGAUAAGAAAAUACAAAAUAUCUACAAAAUCCUGCCUUUUUGAGAAAUACUCAGACACCCCCCACUCAAAGAGAUGAAAAUUUCCUUACCUCUGGCAUGGUUUAAUUUAUUUGGCUAAACAGCAGGAUAAACAUCUGUGACAUGAGUUGACCUGUGCUCAUUACCCUUUCCCCUGACCCACAUAGAAAUACUCCUACAGAACCUGGGGGAGAAAUCUAGAAUAUUACUCCUUAACUUUUUCAUGUCAUGGACCCUUUUGGCAGUCUGGUGAAGCCUCCUCAGAAUAAUGUUUUUAAAUGCAUAAAAUAAAAUACUUAAGAUUGAAAAGGAAGCUAUUUUAAGACAUAGUCAUAUGUACAUAUAUUUCUCAUAUAUUUAUAUUUAUUGUUAUGUUACAUAUAUGUGUAUGUGUGUGUGUAUAUAUAUGUAUAUUUGAAAUUCAUGGCUCCAAGUAACUCUAGAACUAGAGUGAAUUUAUGUCCAUCCCAUGUUCACUGCUUCCUCUCUUCCCUAAAGCAGGAGUCCAAGGCUCAAUGGAAUGGGAAGCAAAAGAUCAGCCCUCCUGCCAUGGGCAGCAGAGAUCCAGAGAUAGAUCGUUUAUAAAAAGUUUGCUCUAAUUUAGAAAAUUUAAAUUCAGCAAUUUAGCAAAAUUUAAAAUCCAUUGUGACAAUUACCAAGAGUUGCCUUCUUCCAGUUUCCCUGGGAAGCAAGGUUGUUUUUUGCUACAGUGUUGUUGUUUUUGCUACAGUGGUUCUGGAAGGUAGAGAAAAGGAGAAACUAAGUUCCAGAAGGUCCUUCCUCACUUCACAUCCCCACUUUAUUAAGCAGGAAGAACCUACUACCUAUGCCACAGAUCCUCAGUGGAGCAGUGGAAAGCUUUAUAUGCUGCAGUGUCAUAAAAAUACAUCCCUCUUCUUCACAGACAAGUUGGCAAAUGGAUAUGAAACAGCACGUAUGCUUUCAAAUUUUUUUGCUUCA